GCGCCAUUGUUUUGCCCGUUACCGAUAGAGCCUUCAUAGUACACGUGCCGGGGUCGACCGAGUCUCACCACAAUGCUCAAAAGGUAGCCCUCCAACCUAGCCCUACCCUCAUUUGCGAGGUCUUCCUUUGAGGCCGUCGUUGCUGCUCGCUGUGACGUCCCUCGUGUUGCUGCUGCUUGCGAUGGCCGUGGAAGCUCGCAGUAGUAAGAUGCAGUGGCCGCGUUUCACGUACUGCAUCACCAGGCGCGCGGGCCCAGUGCUGGCGACGCCCAGCGGAAGCUGCGCCUCCCGCAAGAUGCUGGGGCAGUUCCGCACCAUGAAUCGCGUCAACUGCAAAAACUGCGACAAGUACUUCCACUGCAUGGCCAACUGGCUGGCGACGCGGAAGUGCCGGGGACGCUUCAACUUGCGCGUGGCCAAAGCAAUCAGCUACUGCCGGGAGUACUCCCAACCUGGAAACCCAGCUGACAGGCGCGGAGACGAGGAGGCUAACCGAUAUGGCCGGGGGGGUGGAAACUGCGGAGCACGCUACUUGCGCCGACACAAAUGUGCCUACAACCCAAGAACGGGGAAAUGCAAGUGGUGAGGGCAGAAGGUACGAGCCGCACCUACUGAAACUGCCGAUUGCAGUGUCUCCAAAGAGGCAUGUCUAUGCCAAAACCGUCUGUAUCUGUAGUGCAGAAUAAAAUCCAAAGAAACGACAAA